AUGACCAACGGCCGCUACACUAACGGACCUCCUCACUGUUUUAGAGCAGAGAAAAGAGAGAAAGACAAGCUGAGCGCAGAUUCCGACACCGUUCCGCAAAGGAACGAGAGAGGAUUGAGCGAAGGGACCGACACUGGAGCCCUCUUGGAAAAGUCAUUAUCUGAUCUGGAAGAACAUUCAGAAGGAGUGGAUGGACUGGCUGAUACUGUGAACUUUGACACCAAGAAGGUGAAGACUCACUGGAGCAUGGGAUGUGAAUACAUCACAGGACACGCGAACCACACGGUGAUGGAGGAGGUGAUGGAGGAGGUGAUGGAGGAGGUGAUGGAGGAGGUGAUGGUGGAGGUGAUGGAGGAGGUGAUGGAGGAGGUGAUGCAGGAGGUGAUGGAGGAGGUGCUGGAGGAGGUGAUGGAGGAGGUGAUGAGGAGGUGCUGGAGGAGAUGA